UAAAGAGUGCUUAAAAUGAGUUUGAAUAUAAAAACGGGAGCUUACUGGGAAAGAAGUGAUGAAAAAGAGGAAGAUGAAGAUGUAGGACAAUCAAAAUUGUUUCUAAACCGUCAAGCCAACAGGGACUUUAAAAUAAAUGAAAUUGUCAGGAAGAAGGCUUAUAAGCAGUUUAUCGAGGAAGAAAAGAAAGGAAAAGAAAGUGGUAAGACAGACGAAACUGGGGAAAAAGAAUCGAGAGAAGGGGCUGAUGACGAAGAAGAAAAAGAAAUUGUACAAGAACUAGUGGUUGAAGAAGAAGAGGACGAAGCUACUAAGAGAAAAAGGAGAAAGGAAGAACAAGCAUGUACAAAGGAAGAGUAUGCAGUUGCCAAACAUCUCCGCUUCAACACACCUGCACAUACUGGUCGUUUAGCUGGGAUGACAGUUAAAUGCUUUAUAGCAUCUGAUGCAGUCAACUGCCUUCUUGAUUCGAAAUGGUCAAAAGGAAAGGCAAACCCAGACUCAGAGAUUACGUUCACUGAUAGAAGAAGUUGUGUGCAAUUCUUAAACAGAUUUAUUCAGAAAGGCCUUUUCCAUCGAGCUGAUAAAGUAGAAUCAAGGAAAGACAGAGACAAAAAGAAAAAGAAAAAAGAAAUUGAAGAGAAAGAAAAAGAGAAGGAAAAAGAAAGUGGAGCAGAUAGUAAGAAAAGUAAAAAGUCAAAGAAACUGACAGAAAAGGAAACGAAAGAAUUGGAAACUAAAGAAGAAGAGAAAAAAGAAGAAAAGAAAAAAGAAGAAAAGAAAAAAACAGACAAGAAAGAAGUAAAAUUAAAGAAAUUCAAACUGAACAUGAGUGAUGAUCAGAGAUUUGUUGAUGGUAAUUCUAUUUAUGUUUGGAUAUAUGACCCUAUACACCCAAAGACAUUCUUUAUGGGAUUUUUAAUGUUGUUAGGAGCUAUAGCAUUAUGUCUAUUCCCACUGUGGCCAGACUGGAUGAGAAUUGGUGUCUACUACGCAAGUUUACUCGGUGCUAGCUUUGUUGGUUUUAUGCUUUUCUUAAUUGUUUUACGUGUCAUCAUCUUCUCAUUGAUAUGGCUAGUCACGCUCGGAAAACAUCAUUUAUGGAUCUUCCCAAACUUAACAGAAGAUGUGGGUGUCAUUGAUUCAUUCAAACCACUUUAUAAACAUGACGUUUACCCACCACCUGAGAUAGAAAAAGAAUUGGAAAAAGAAAAGAAUAAAACAGAAGAGGAAGAAGGAGAUUCUGAAAAUGAUGACAAUGAAGAAAAUAAAGAUAAUGAUGAAAACAAAGACAAUGAUUAUGAAAUGAUUGAAUCGAAAAAUGAGGAUUCAAAUGAUGAAGAAAAAACAGGGGAGGAGAGUGAAGAGACAGAACAGCAGUGAAAAAUAUGGAGAGGUUGAUAAUUCUGCUGUGAAUUUUUUUAUUUGGGGGAGGUUGAUUGAACAGCAAUGACUUUAGCUUGGAGUGGGGAGGUUAAUAGAGCAGCAUUGAACUUUGGGGAAAAGGAAGGUUAAUGAAACAGCAAAUAAAAUUUGGAUGUGCGUAUAUUGCAUAUAUGCAUAUAUUGAUGGCAGAAAUUGUGAAUAUAGGGUCUCAUGAUAAAUAUAUACUUGUUUUAUGGAGCUAAAAAUAUCAAACACAAAUUUUCGUACUUGCCAUAUAUCAUUUGAUUUUAACUUUUUGUUACAGUAGGUUAGACUGUUAGAGAACAAAAAACAUACAGAUUUUCUGCCAAGAUAUUAAAGACAGGUCUUAAUUAUAUAGCAUCACAUAAGAAUUUUUCCUGCUUUAGAUUUGAUAUCAGUGGCUAAUGAAUAUAAAAUUACCCCAGGAUAUAUGAUAGUCGCCUUGGAAUUAGUUUUGAUUAUAGAAAUUCAAUUCAAAAUUUACUUUUAGUCGGUUUAUACAUAAACAUUUUUACUUAAAAAUGUACUAUCUGCUGAGGAAUAGCUAUUUUGCUUUAAGUCACUUUCAACAAGGAUUUUAUUAACCCUUAGCCUGCUAAAUUUCUAAAAUGGACUGGUCCAUCUUUCAAUUUGGACAGUACCAUUAACUGUUAAAAGGGGUGCUUACCAAAAAAAUACUGACUGAAUGGCGAACAGUGCAGACCAUGAUCAGACUGCACGGAUGUGCAGGCUGAUCUUGGUUUGCACUGGUCUCAAAGGCAGAAUCAAUUGCCACCAGCAGGCUAAGGGUUAACAUAAAUCUCAGUAAAGAGUUGUUCUAUUAUAAAUGUGAGGAACAGUUAUUUAUAAAGAAAUAUUUAUUUAUAGCAAAAUAGUGCUUUUUGGUGUUUCCAUGACAAAGAUUACAUUUUGUAAUGUUAUGGGGUUAUUGUUUGAGGAAGAUGAUAGUUUUCUUUCUUUUGGUAAUGAUAUUUAUAGCUAACACUGUCAGAUAGUUACUUUGACAUUUUGCUUUAUAGGUUUUUUCUUUGCAAAAUUGGGUUUGAGAAUACAGGUACAUAUUAAAGAGGGGCUUAUAAAAAUUCAAAUUACUAUUUAAGGAGGGACGUUUUAGUAAUUACAGAUAAUAUUCUUUAUUGAAUAAUGUGUUUUUCUUAUGAUAUUGUGGUAAAAGAUUCUGAUGUUUAGAUUAUCUGAUUGUCAUCUCAGUUGCUUAAAAGGGAAGAGUUGCCAUAUAGUUUUAUAGAAAAUAGAAAGGUUUGUUAAAUGGGACCAACCAUUUAAGUGACAAGUGUGUGUUAUACAUCCAAAAGUUCAUCCAAAUAUAAGUUUUGCCUUCUAUUAAAGAAGUGUACAUUUCAGUAUAGGUAUACAUAUUUUUAGGAAAGUCUUAUUCAGAAUUAAUUGUCAGUAAAAACCAGUGAGUAGAAUGCUUCAAGGAAAUGUACAUGGUUUCAAGUGUCAAAAUUAUAUUUUACAAAUGUUUUAUAGAAGUUUACAUCUAACGAUGUGUGUAGUUGUGUUCUGAAUUUCGAUAUUUCAUAUGAUUUAAUAUUGUUAUGAUAGCAUAUCCAUACACGUAUGAAAUGUUAACCUGUAAUGUUUGAAAUAUUGAUGAAUUUAAAAUCCACACAGAUGUUCAUUUUGAAUCAGAAAGAAAAUGUUAAUUUGAUUAGAAAGUUCCUUUUGUCUGCAGAAAAAUUUGAGAAUUGAACACAGUACUGUAGUAACCUUUAUGGAAUAAAGGACUUCCUACAGUAAUGCCUUCAACCUUCGAUAUGUUUAGAAAAAAUUUAGGUUUGCAAAAAAAAGAAAAUGCACUGAAAUUUUCCAGCUCAACUUCAGAUGUUUUUAUAAUCUAAAGUGUUUAUGUUUCCAAUGAAGAAGACCUCCAGGACUUCUUUUUAUCAAGUCUGAGGCUUGAAAUGCUCCAUUCUCUAUUCACUUUGUUAACAGUUUUUCAUGAAACUAUAUCUGAAAGUAGAUCAUAUAUUUGCAAAUAUAUCUGCAAAGUUUAAGCAGUAGAGCAGCAGUUUAAAAACCUUUGAAUAGUCUUGAGAUUUGAACGUUGAUGAAUGCAAAUUAAAAAAAAAAUGAUAAUGUAUUUUCAUGAAAUUACCGGGAUAUAAAAAAAAGUUAACUAUUGAGUAAAAUUUUGCAUACACUUGUUAAAUGUAUCAUUUUCAGUUAUUGUCUUGUUUAGGGUCUAAUAAUAUUGUUAAGAGAAGUUGUUAAUGUACAGUUGUCACUUAUGGUUUUUUAAAGAUCUGUGGAAGAAUGA